AUGUCUUCGUCUCAGGCUCCCAACGGCGCCCGGGACGCGCUCCAAAGCCUCGUGGCCACCUCGAGCGCCCUCAUCCUGCAGCUGGAGGACGUCGUCCACAAGAUCUCGCAAGGCCAGACGCCCACCACGCCCACGACCCCGCGCCCGCAGUCCAUCGACGCCCUCUCCCUCGCCCACGACUCGGCCACCCUGAUCAGGGCGCACGCCACCAAGCUCUCGCUGCUGAUCAUCAACGAGCCCUUCACCCCCUCGGCCAUCGUCAAGGUGCUGCAGGAGCUGGUCGCCGGCCCCAUCCCCGGCAUCGCCUCGGCCGUUCAGGUCUGCGAUGCCGAGCGCCACACGGCCGUCGCGCGCCAGGAUCUCGCGUGGCGCUGCUACCGCGUGCUGAAGGAGCUGCGCGGCCUGGUCGACGUGAUCCCCCUGGACGGCAAGGUGCUGUCGGCCGAGAAGAAGGACGGCGCCGGGGGCGACAAGGGGAGCAUCACGCUGACGGGCGUCGUCUGGGCCGCCUGCGAUGAUGUGAUCCUGCUGAAGAACAUGGGCGUCGCCAGCCUCCUGGUCAAGAAGGUGCAGCAGUACCACGACACGCUGCAGGACGUGCUCGACGAGCUGAAGGAGUGGAAGGAGGAGGGCGAGGAGGAGCAGGACGGGGGCGAGGGUGAGGGCGAGGGCGACGAGGACGGCGUCGAGUACGUGACCAGCCAGCUCGACACGACGCACCUCUCGGCGCAGGACAUGCUGGACGACCUGAUGAGCACGCGCCACAUCCCGCGCGACGACCCCGACAAGAUCCGCGAGCGGCUGGACAGCUGCCUGAGGCGGCUGCGUCUCACGACGCUGCUCUACGCCGCCAUUGUCAAGCGAAGGCUCAAGGUGCUGCCGCCGCUGCCGCUGCCGCAGCCCUUGGCUGGGGUCGACGCAGGCACGCCCGCGCCCGCGCCCGCGCCCGUGACGCAGCGGGUGGACGAGGUCAUGGCGACGCUGAAGCGCAUACCUGAGCACUUCAACGAGGUGGCCUGCUCCUUCUACGAGCUGGAACCCGACGCCAUCGACCGGACGAUGGACUCGUGCUUCUUCGACGCCUUUGCGGCGUCCGAGAUGCUGGCCAAGCCGUGGCAGGGGGAGAAGGACGAGUUUACGGAAUGGGUGGGCAAGUUCCAAGCCAGCAUCAAGAAGCCGGACUAA